AUCAUGCGAAUGUUGUACGCCGCUGUAGUACCCUCGUUUCCGUCGAACAGACGAGUUCUCGGUUAAUGUUGAACACUGUUCAAGCCUGUAAUACCUAUAAAAAGUUGUUACAAGUGUUAAUGAAUGUUUAGUAACGAUUAAUACAUGUAAAAUGAUUGAUUAUUAAUAUAUUAAUCAUAUAAAAUAGAUAGCACUAGUAAUAAAUAAUAAUUGAAAGUGUUAAUCAAUGGUUAAUAGUGAUUAAUCAUUUAAAAUGAACGAUUAUUAAUAUAUUAAUCACAUAAAAUGGAUAGGAAUAUUAAUAAAUAAUUGAAAGUGUUAAUCAACGGUUAAUAGUGAUUAAUCAUUUAAACUGAAUGAUUAUUAAUAUAUUAAUCACAUAAAAUGGAUAGUAAUAAUAAUAAUGAUAAAUAAUAAUUGAAAGCGUUAAUCAAUGAAUAACGACGAAUCGUUUAAAAUACUUGAUUAUUAACAUAUUAAUCAUUUACAAUUUCUAAUAAUUGAAACUGUCAAAUGACGAUUAACAGUAAUUCAACAUCGAAGCCUAUGGAAUUUAAUACUACAAUAUUAAACAUCGAAUUCAUAUUAAGUUCGACAUGAAAAAUAUCAAUACCUAAUAAUGAGAUGUUAAUAACUCGAAUAAUUAACGGUGAAACAACGAGAUAAUGAAAAGCGAGUAACAACUUAUGGAAAUACAAAAAUCGAUUAAAAUCCCAUAUUAUAAUUAAUAUGAUUAAUGUAUUACUUAACAAUGGGAGUCCAUUCGAUCAGUAAGGAGCGCGCAACAGUCGGAUAAUAAUAACGCGCAUAUUAAAUUCAAUACGAACGCUAAUUGAUGCGCACGUAACUCACCCGGUGGGUAAAUUCAAUUACAUUCUUUCGUCCCUGCCAAGAUCGAAUUUCGUCGAGUAUAUAAUCGAGGACUGCAGUUAAUUAUCAGUGCCGUGCGAACAUCGUGUGCCAAUGGUUCGACGAAGAUGACAGUGUUCAGUGUACCCUAUACCUGGAAUCAUCAGUGGCAAUGAGUGUGAUCUCCAGUGCAAUCUGUUAGAGUGAGGACAAGCAGUUUAGAGGAAAUGAAUCACUGAGCUGACUGCCAGUGGUGCCAGCGCACAUGAGGCCAGAGUGUCUUCCAUCAGGACUUGCUCAACUGUCCUUAGAACUCUCUUCCAUCAUCCUCUAACUUCUCCAGUUAGCUAGAGUUUGAUGGGCGAGGAAACUUAGACGCCUUGAGUACUUCUCCAGUUUCCAGGGAUGAUGUUUUUGCUCCGCGGGUGCUUGGAUCGCCUAAAGUAGCCUCCCACGGUGCACUCGAAGAGAACACGACCUAAGUUGGCUUGGAUAAGUGGAGUCAGCUAUGGAGAGACGGUAUACCUUGUCAGCGUCGAGUUUCCAAGCUUAAAAGUGUCUAGAAUACCUGGCCACUCUAGCCAAAAAGAGUAUAGAAGCUUCCAAUAUUUAAAAGCAUCUACAAAGAUCUGGAACAUCUAAACUAUUUGAUGAAUUGGCAUUCUCGUGAUACUACCAAUUCAAUGACGACCUGGAUCCCCUAAGCUAGCCUACCUAAUAAGAAGCAUUCUCUAUCACUCGAAGUCAUUGUUCUAAGACACGGAUCUUCCGAAUUAGUCCAUUUGAGAACCCAGCGGAGCUAAAUGGUGUUUGACCUGGAUCCUUUGAAGAAUUCCACGUAGUGACCCAGUCAAUUCUACGAAGACCAGGAUUCACUGAAGUACUGGACAUUACUAGGAAGAAAUUAGUGAUCUAGCUCUCAAGACCUAAGUCCCCUAUCUAGUCCAAAUAUAGCACCCUAGGCAAACGCAGUGAACUCAUCAGCUGUAACUACUUCGUAACAGAAAAAGAACAGUUCCCAAUUUAUCUACGACUUGUAGUCAUCAAGGAAACAGUAUCUUCUAUUCACUUCCAAAAUUCGAAUCUCUGUUCCAACCAGCUCUAAAGAAGGAAGUAUCUUCGGAGAUUCUAGCUCUACAGAUAUCCCCUAAACGACAGAGAUCAGGAUCUUCUAAACUAGCCUCCAGAAUCGCAAGAACAAUGUUCCAAUCAGCUUCUAUCAACUUCUAAGGUUCUAGCUCAACAAGCAUAUCCUCUAAAUUACAAUCAGCGGGAUCCUCAAAACCAGCCUGCAUCGAAAUCUCAAGAACAGUGUUCCAAUCAGCUUCUAUCAACUUCUAAGAUUCUAGCUCAACAAGCGAAUUCUCUAAAUUACGACCAGCAGGUUUCUGAAAACCAGCCUCCACCGAAAUCACAAGGGCAGCGUUCCAAUCAGCGUUAGAAGACGCGUUGACCACUCGCCAGCAAGCUGCUCUUCAUGAAUCUCUGCUAAGUCCCAGCUGAUACAGAAGCUCACCGGUGUCCCCGAUCAGAAAUGUGGCAGAAAAUGAAGGGCUGAGUAGGUGGGGGCUAGUGAAAUGUGCAGGGGAGCGAGGAACAGGCCAGUCUAAUGAUGUCUGGCUCCAGCGUCGGGCUAAAGAGGUGUGAUGGCGGCACCAGCUCGCCGUCGCUGUGCACCGGCGGCGCCAGCAAUUCCGGCGGGUUACCCAGGACGCAGUCCGCCUCCGCGCUGCGUGGGAGGACCUCCAGGAAGCCGCUCUUCUGGGACCAAGACACCGAUUCGCCGCCGAAGAGAGACUUCCAUGGCGAAGACCUCAUCGUCACGCCUUUCGCGCAGAUUCUUGCGUCCUUGCGCUCGGUCAGGUACAACUUCGCGGCGCUCACUAAUGUACCCACAAACAAAUCACGAAGGAGUAGCAGCGCGCAGGGCAGCAGCACACCGCAGCCCAGGAUUUUGGCGCCAGGAGAAGAAAACUACCAGAAGCUAGCCGUGGAGACGAUAGAGGAGCUGGACUGGUGCUUAGACCAGUUGGAAACCAUUCAGACGCAUCGAUCUGUGUCCGACAUGGCCUCCCUGAAGUUCAAGCGAAUGCUGAACAAGGAACUCUCCCACUUCUCAGAGUCCUCGAAGUCUGGCAAUCAGAUUUCGGAGUACAUCUGCAGCACUUUCCUCGACAAGCAACAGGAAUUGGAUUUGCCCUCGUUGAGAAUCGAAGAUGCGGUCGCGGCUGCGGGCAGCGCAGAUGCGAGGGCGGCCAAGAAGAAGGACCGGGCACAACGGGGCCCAGCCGCCAUGUCUCACAUCAGCGGCGUCAAACGGCCGCUCACGCACACGAACAGCUUCACUGGGGAACGAGUGCCGCUUUACGGUGUCGAGACGCCUAGCGAGGAAGAACUUGGCAAGCUUCUGUCAGACAUCGACAAGUGGGGCAUCGACAUCUUCAGGAUAGGCGAGCUGAGCAGCAACAGACCGCUGACCUGCGUUGCAUACACAGUCUUCCAGAGGCGAGACCUGCUCAAAUCCCUGGCCAUACCGCCGAAGACUUUCGUGACCUUCAUGAUGACCCUUGAGGAUCACUACGUCAAGGACAAUCCCUUCCAUAACAGCCUCCACGCGGCCGACGUGACCCAAUCCACCCACGCUCUGCUCAACACGCCCGCACUCGAGUCCGUGUUCACGCCAUUGGAAAUCACUGCAGCCCUCUUCGCUGCCACCAUUCACGACGUGGAUCAUCCUGGACUCACCAAUCAGUUCCUCAUUAAUUCGAGUUCCGAGCUCGCCCUGAUGUACAAUGACGAGUCUGUCCUGGAGAAUCACCACCUGGCGGUGGCGUUCAAGCUCCUGCAGAACGAGGGCUGCGACAUAUUCGUGAACAUGACGAAGAAGCAGCGGCAGACGCUCCGCAAGAUGGUAAUCGACAUGGUGCUGUCGACGGACAUGUCGAAGCACAUGUCGCUGCUGGCGGAUCUGAAGACCAUGGUGGAGACGAAGAAGGUAGCCGGGUCCGGUGUCCUCCUGCUAGACAACUACACGGACCGUAUACAGGUUCUUGAGAACCUGGUGCACUGCGCCGAUCUGUCCAACCCCACGAAACCCUUGCCCCUGUACCGUCGAUGGGUUGGCCUGCUGAUGGAGGAAUUCUUCCUCCAAGGAGACCGCGAGAGGGAGCAGAACAUGGACAUCAGCCCCAUGUGCGACAGGCACAGCGCAACUAUCGAGAAAUCCCAGGUCGGGUUCAUCGAUUACAUCGUCCAUCCCCUGUGGGAGACCUGGGCGGACCUGGUGCACCCUGACGCACAGGAGAUUCUGGACACGCUCGAGGAGAACCGUGAUUGGUACCAGUCAAUGAUCCCACCCUCACCGCCGUCCGACGAUCAGCAACAGCAGGGGAACGAACAGCAGGGGGAUAGGAUACACUUCCAGGUAACACUGGAGGAGGGCGACGAGACUGGAGACGCGACGGAGGCCGGUGACACCGGCGGAGCAUCCGAGAAGAGCCUGCCAAGCGAGGAAGGGGGCGGUGAGGCGGACGAGAACGCCGCGGAGGCUGGAAUGUGACGGAGGCUCGCGGGUAUUUGCAGGAAGCUUCACGAGAAGGUGCAGCAGACCUGGUGGCGUGUGCGUCAGUGACAUCUAGCUCGCUGCCGCCGGCCAGGUCUCUUUGUGUCGACCUACUGACAGCUUUUGGGCCAAGCUCCACUCCCUGGGACGGUGGACGAGAGCACAAGCCUUUUGCGGGAAGAAAAUGGCACGGGAACGAACCUGAGGUGUCUGACUAGCUGCUAGUCCAGCUACCUGGACCAGCUGGUAGGGAAGUCUUUUCUGUUGGAGGCAACGAGAGAUAGGAAGAGGCAGAGA